GGUGGCCGCGGGUGGACCCGUGCAGCUCGCGGAAGCGCGCCCCGCAGCGCCCUGGAACGGCCCUGGAGCAGCGUGGCGUCCGCCUGGCCCCCGAGCCCUCGGUGCAGCCCCGGGACACAGAGCCAUCAGCAACCAUGAGCAACCCAUUUGCACACCUCGCUGAGCCUUUGGAUCCUGCACAACCAGGAAAGAAAUUCUUCAAUUUGAAUAAAUUGGACGAUUCAAGAUAUGGACGCUUACCAUUUUCUAUCAGAGUUCUCCUGGAGGCAGCCAUUCGGAACUGUGAUCAAUUUCUGGUGAAGAAAGAUGACAUUGAAAAUAUCCUAAAUUGGAAUGUCAUGCAGCACAAGAACAUAGAAGUGCCGUUUAAGCCUGCUCGGGUCAUCCUGCAGGACUUCACGGGUGUGCCAGCCGUGGUAGACUUUGCUGCGAUGCGUGACGCUGUGAAAAAGUUAGGAGGAGAUCCAGAGAAAAUAAACCCCAUCUGCCCUGCUGACCUUGUGAUUGAUCAUUCCAUCCAAGUUGAUUUCAACAGAAGGGUAGACAGUUUACAGAAGAAUCAAGACCUGGAAUUUGAAAGGAAUCGAGAACGAUUUGAAUUUUUAAAGUGGGGCUCUCAGGCUUUUCGCAACAUGCGGAUCAUCCCGCCCGGCUCGGGGAUCAUCCACCAGGUGAACCUGGAGUAUUUGGCCAGAGUGGUAUUCGAUCAGGAUGGAUAUUACUACCCAGACAGCCUUGUGGGCACGGACUCGCACACGACCAUGAUUGACGGUUUGGGCGUUCUCGGGUGGGGUGUGGGUGGCAUCGAAGCAGAAGCUGUCAUGCUGGGUCAGCCAAUCAGCAUGGUGCUUCCCCAGGUGAUUGGCUACAGGCUGAUGGGAAAUCCCCACCCUCUGGUCACAUCCACUGACAUCGUGCUCACCAUCACCAAGCACCUCCGCCAGGUUGGGGUAGUGGGAAAAUUUGUCGAGUUCUUCGGGCCAGGAGUGGCCCAGUUGUCCAUUGCUGACCGAGCUACGAUUGCCAACAUGUGUCCAGAGUAUGGAGCAACCGCUGCCUUUUUCCCGGUCGAUGAAGUUAGUAUCAAGUACCUGGUGCAGACAGGUCGUGAUGAAGAGAAGGUCAAGUACAUUAAGAGGUAUCUGCAGGCUGUAGGAAUGUUUCGGGAUUUCAGUGACUCCUCCCAGGACCCAGACUUUGCCCAGGUGGUGGAAUUAGAUUUGAAAACGGUAGUGCCUUGCUGCAGUGGACCCAAGCGGCCUCAGGACAAAGUCGCCGUGUCCGACAUGAGAAAGGACUUUGAGAGCUGCCUCGGAGCCAAGCAAGGGUUUAAAGGGUUCCAGGUUGCUCCGGACCAUCAUAAUGACCGUAAGACGUUUAUCUACAACAACAGCGAAUUCACCCUCGCUCACGGCUCCGUGGUCAUCGCCGCCAUCACUAGCUGUACGAACACCAGCAAUCCGUCCGUGAUGCUAGGGGCAGGCUUGUUAGCCAAGAAAGCCGUGGACGCCGGCCUGACCGUGAAGCCUUACAUCAAAACGAGCCUGUCACCUGGGAGCGGGGUGGUCACCUACUACCUGCGGGAGAGCGGAGUCAUGCCUUACCUGUCUCAGCUGGGGUUUGAUGUCGUGGGCUAUGGGUGCAUGACCUGCAUUGGCAACAGCGGGCCCUUGCCUGAGCCUGUGGUGGAAGCCAUCACGCAGGGAGACCUUGUUGCUGUCGGAGUCCUCUCGGGGAACAGGAAUUUUGAAGGUCGAGUCCACCCCAAUACCCGGGCCAACUAUUUAGCCUCUCCGCCCUUGGUGAUAGCGUAUGCAAUUGCUGGGACCAUCAAGAUCGACUUUGAGAAAGAGCCACUGGGGGUAAACGCAAAGGGACAGCAGGUAUUUCUGAAGGACAUCUGGCCAACGAGAGAGGAGAUCCAGGCGGUGGAGCGUCAGUACGUCAUCCCUGGGAUGUUCAAGGAGGUCUACCAGAAAAUAGAGACUGUGAAUGAAAGCUGGAAUGCCUUAGCAGCCCCAUCAGAUACGCUGUAUUACUGGAAUCCCAAAUCUACAUACAUUAAGUCACCACCAUUCUUUGAAAACCUGACUUUGGAGCUGCAGCCCGCUAAGUCUAUUGUGGAUGCCUACGUACUGCUAAAUUUGGGAGAUUCGGUCACAACUGACCAUAUCUCUCCGGCUGGAAACAUUGCAAGAAACAGCCCUGCUGCUCGCUACUUGACUAACAGAGGCCUGACUCCGCGGGAAUUCAACUCCUACGGCUCCCGCCGGGGCAACGAUGCCAUCAUGGCCCGGGGCACAUUUGCCAACAUUCGCUUACUAAACAAAUUUUUGAACAAGCAGGCACCGCAGACGAUACACCUGCCUUCUGGAGAAGUGCUUGAUGUGUUUGAUGCCGCCGAGCGGUACCAGCAGGCGGGCCUUCCCCUGAUUGUUCUGGCCGGCAAAGAGUACGGCUCGGGCAGCUCCCGCGACUGGGCAGCCAAGGGCCCUUUCCUCCUGGGAAUCAAGGCUGUCCUGGCGGAGAGCUACGAGCGCAUUCACCGCAGUAACCUGGUCGGAAUGGGCGUGAUCCCCCUCGAGUACCUCCCCGGGGAGACGGCAGACACCCUGGGACUCACGGGGCGGGAGCGAUACACCAUCAGCAUCCCAGAGAACCUCAAACCACGAAUGAAAGUCCAGGUCAAGCUGGAUACCGGGAAGACCUUCCAGGCGGUCAUGAGGUUUGACACCGACGUGGAGCUCACUUACUUCCACAACGGCGGCAUCCUCAACUACAUGAUCCGCAAGAUGGCCCAGUAGGCCCUGGUGUCCUGGGAGACCUGCCCGGGAGCUGCCCCGGAGCGUGUGCGGGGCCCCGGCCGCCGAGCCCCGGGUGCAGAAGCGAGUCCGAUGUCCCCGCGCGGGGUGCUGCCUGGCAGGCGGAGCCCGGAGCACUGCGUUCCGGGCCCUUCCUCCGGGCACAGGCAGCAGUUCCUACAUUCUCUGUUUUUAAUCUUUUUACCUUUUUCUAGAAUUUGGAAGCUAGCAUGGUGGAAUGUCAGUAGUGCCAGAAAGAACGGAGCUUGUCUUUAAAGUGACUGAUCACAGAACGUUGAUUUUUUUACUCUCGGCCUGUUCGUGUUCAGCAGAACACAAAUAGGUGUUCUCAGGAGGAACUCCCUGCCCUCUGUUUCUCGGUUCUCCCGGGCUCGCCUGUUACUCCAGUGUUAACUGACAUGGUAGAUGUGAACUUCUGCACACUUCAGAUCACAGUGGUGAUUGCCACUCUCCCCCGCCCCCUUUGCCUCCGAGUGAAUGGUCCAGACACCUUGUGGACAGGCCAGAGGUUAACACUUUUUGAUUAUGUAACUUUUGAUCGAUCAUCAUUAAAGAAAUGUGAAGUUUUCUUUUACUAUCUUUAAAAAUUUUUCCCCAGAAAAUUUUUUUUCAUUUGUCCAGAGGAUGACUUUGUUUGGAGGUGGUUUGGCUGAGAAACAGAUGUUUCUAAUUUGAAUAAAAUUAAAUCUAUUUUCAAGGAAAA